AAAAAUAUCUCCCAAAUUCCCCGACACACCACGACUUGGCAACCCUAAUCAGCUUCCCCAACCAAUUCGAUUCCCCGUCGCCGAGCUCCCCCUCCCAACCCUAGCGCCAGAUCCGCCCGCUCGCCCGCUCGCCCGCGCAGCCAUGGCGGAGUCCCUCGACAUGUCCCUCGAGGACAUCAUCAAGAGCAACAAGAAGGGCAACUCCUCGUCCGGCGGGGGUGGCCGCCGCCGCGAGGGUCGCCGCGGAUCUGCCGCUGCCGGCAGCGGCGCGGCCGCCGCCGCCGCCGGAGGCGUCGGCCCCAACAGGCGCGCCUUCAAGAGGUCGGGGAACAGGGCGGCGCCCUACCAGCCGCCGAAGGCCCCGGAAUCGGCGUGGCAGCACGACAUGUACUCGGACGCCUCUGCGAGAGGCGGCGGCGGCGGGAGGGUCUCGGCUAUCGAGACCGGCACCAAGCUCCUCAUCACCAAUUUGGACUUCGGCGUCUCAACCGAGGACCUCAAGGAGCUUUUCUCCGAGCUGGGUGAUGUGAAGCGAUGCUUGAUUCACUAUGACCGAAGUGGGAGGUCUAAGGGAACAGCUGAGGUUAUAUUUGCAAGGCGUGGUGAUGCUGUUGCAGCGCUGAGGAAAUACAACAAUGUCCAACUUGAUGGCAAGCCUAUGAAAAUAGAGAUACUUGGGACUAACACUCCUACUGCUCCAGCCGCACUACCGACCAAUAAUGGAAGCUAUGCUAGGAAUGUUGCUAAGAGUGCACCAAGGGGUGUCUCAGCUAGUUUGCCACAGAACAGACCCCGUGCAAGGGGUGGGAGGGGUCGCCGUGGCGGUGGCGGAGGCAGUGGAUCUGGCGGUCGUCGUGGGAAAGAGCGUAGUCAGCCAAGGUCUGCUGAAGAACUUGAUGCUGAGUUGGAGAAGUACCAUGCACAGGGUACGACGCCGAUGCAGACCACCGAAUAAAUCGACAUCUUUGCAGCCUUGAUAUUUCAACAUGAAAUUUGAAGGGGCGCCCCUUUGUUCCCGCUUUUUGUGCUACUAUAUGUUCAAGGGACAACAAAACCUUUUACUUGUCAGGUUCUUGGCUUACUGAAUUGUAUGGGUUAUGUGUCUACAUAGAACUAGAGUUGAGUGGAUACCGGUGAACACUACUGUUAUGAACAUUACUUGAUUGCCUUUAGUUUCUGCCUUCCUUGAGGAGCGCAAGGACUAAGGACCACCCAAGUUGCUCCGCAUGUGAAAGUUAUUGAAGAUGUAUGAGGUGCUCA